GCUGCGAGAGAACAGGGACAUAUUAGCGGCUGGCAGGGCCGCGGAGCCGCUCGUCUAGACAGCCCCUUCAGAGAUGGCCAACGCCGCCCAGAGAGGAGCCGGGCCCGUCUGAACGGUGUCGCCACAGCCCGGGGUCGGUGUGCUGUUCCCGGACACGCGUAUGCCAGAAGUAUUUGAUGUCUGAAAUGCGGGAGACGGCGGCUCGGCCGAGGGCGAGCUCUUCCUUCCUGUCGUCUGGAACAAGAUGGCAGCAAUGCAGGCGAGCUGUGCAUGCUAUGGCUUUAUAAGUCCAUAACAUGCCCGGAGAAGCCUCGGAUUAAACUCAUAGCGACUCUAUGUGAAGGUAUGGCCUCACAAGUCUUGGUCUACCCACCACACAUUUAUCAAACCCAGACAAGUGCCUUUAGCAGUGUGAAGAAACUCAAAGUCGAGCCCAGCAGCUGUGUGUACCAUGAGAGGGCCCAUCCGCGGACUUAUCUGAACAGCAGAACCCUUGGCAUCGUGCACCCGACUAAACAAGCUGACUCGUUUGUGAACCGAGACCUAGCAGCGGGACUGAGAGUACGUGGACGACAGGAGCACCCGGUGCAGACGGUGGUGGUCCGGGGUGUACAACGACAACAGCCCGACAAAAGGGGAGGUGGACCAGGCCCACUUGUGGCCCAGAAGCAACAGGAGGCAGGGGUUGUCCAAACGCAGGGCAAAGGGAAACAGCAUCAGACAGACAUAGCAAGUGGGAGCAGCAGUGGAGCAACAAGGGCAGGAGGAGGGGGAAGGGGAGAGGGCUGCAGUGGAGGAGUCGAGGGAGGAGGACGGGAGGAGGAGGAGGGGGACGGAGAAGAGCACUGUGGAGGUUUGAACUCAGCCGACAGCUCUCAGCGAUGUGGGCUGAAACGUAAAAGUGAGGAGCUGGAAAACCGAGGGAGCACCAUGCAGAUCGUGGAGGAACUGUCAAUGUUGCCGGCCAUGUUGCAAACGACGAAUGUGGGGAAUGCAGCCGUGACGGCGCCAGCGGCUGUCGGGGCUGCGGGAGGGGGUCCCUCGAAACAGGGUGUUGGGCAUGGGGGUGUAGGUGCUGCAGGAGGGACAGGAGGGGUGGAUGGAGACUAUCAGGUAGUACAGCAUGAAGUCCUGUGUUCCAUGAAGAAUACUUAUGAAGUGCUGGAUUUCUUGGGGCGGGGCACAUUUGGCCAGGUAGUAAAAUGCUGGAAGAGGGGAACGGGUGAGGUGGUGGCGGUGAAGAUCCUGAAGAACCACCCUUCAUAUGCACGGCAGGGUCAAAUAGAAGUUGGCAUCCUUGCUCGUCUGAGUGGGGAGAAUGCAGAUGAGCACAACCUGGUGCGAGCCUUCGAAUGCUUCCAGCACCGCAGCCACACCUGCCUGGUGUUUGAGAUGCUCGAGCAGAACCUGUACGAUUUCCUGAAGCAGAAUAAGUUCAGCCCGCUCCCCCUGAAAGUGAUAAGACCUGUGCUCCAGCAGGUUGCUACAGCUCUGAAGAAGUUAAAGAGCAUGGGUCUGAUCCAUGCAGACCUCAAGCCAGAGAAUAUAAUGCUGGUGGACCCGGUGAGGCAGCCCUACAGGGUGAAGGUGAUAGACUUUGGUUCAGCCAGUCACGUAUCCAAAGCAGUAUGUUCAACGUACCUCCAGUCUCGGUACUAUAGGGCUCCAGAGAUUAUUCUGGGAUUGCCGUUUUGUGAAGCCAUAGACAUGUGGUCACUAGGCUGCGUGAUAGCUGAACUGUUUCUGGGCUGGCCUCUUUACCCCGGGGCCCUGGAGUAUGACCAGAUUCGCUACAUCUCUCAGACACAAGGUUUACCAGGAGAACAUUUGUUGAAUGCAGGGACAAAGACGGCACGGUUCUUUUGCAAAGAGUCUGAUUCACCUUAUGCAACAUGGAGACUAAAGUCAACAGAUGAGCAUGAGACGGAGACGGGAAUGAAAUCAAAGGAAGCAAGGAAAUACAUCUUCAGCUGUUUGGAUGACAUAGCGCACGUGAACUUGAUAAUGAACCUGGAAGGUAGUGACUUGCUCGCUGAGAAGGCGGAUCGCCGGGAGUUUGUGGGCCUGCUGAAGAAGAUGUUGUUGAUUGACGCAGAAGAGAGGAUUGCCCCGGCCGAUGUCCUGAUCCACCCCUUUGUGACAAUGCAGCACCUGCUUGACUUUCCCCACAGCAGCCACGUGAAGUCAUGUUUCCACAUCAUGGAUGUUUGUUGGACUCGUCCCAGUGCGUAUGAGGCUGCAAACCGAAAUAAAGGUCCUUUCGUUAGACCUGUAACUACAACCGCUGCUGCCUCAGCCAACCACCCCUUCAGCAAGAUCCCUGCAGUUCACGCUCAAGGGUUAGCCCCAUCAGCCCCCUCAGUGAUUCACCCUGGAAUACCAAUGCAGACAGGAAGUGGGCAGUUUGGUUGCACCGAGUCCUUCCAGCAGGCUCUUAUUUUAUGUCCCCCUACCAUUCAAGGUAUCCCUACCAACUCAGCUAAACCAACUGGCUACUCUGUUCGUAUGGAGGCGUCGGUGCCUCUGGUCACUCAAGCCCCCUCAAUCCAGCCCUUACAAAUCAGACCUGGAGUCAUCACACAGGCAUGGUCGAGUCGUGCACAGCAAAUCUUGGUGCCCACUUGGCAGCAGGUCACAUCCGUGCCCCCACCACCAACCACUCUGGCAUCUGACACUGUGACGGGCUCACAGAGAUUGGGUGAUUGGGGGAACGUGCGUCCCCACGGUAACCAUUAUGGUUCCAUGAUUACGCAUCCUCAGCCAUUCUUAACCAACCAAAUGAGCAUAUCCACCCACCAGCCGAUCAACAUUGGCAUUGCACAUGUGGUGUGGCCGCAGCCAGCUGCCAACAAGAGGGCAAAGCCUUGUGUGAACAGAGGCAGCAACUUCUCCCAAAACACGAACAUCCAAAAUUUAACAUGUCAGUCCCCAAAGAUGGCCGAUACAGCAAAGAAUGUGGAAGAGGUGGUGGAGGAGGAAGCCAGAUGUCCAGAGGAAGGGCACUCUGCGGGAGAACAGCAAGCAGCAGUGCAGGUGGAGGAUGACGAUGAUGAAGACCACUGCUGUAAAGUGGAGCCAGACUGUGAGGAGCUCUCAGUUUCGCAGGAGCAGCGGCAGCCGAUGGUGAUAUCUGACCCUGCCAGCCCGACUGCCAGUGUCAUCAGUAUCAGCAGUGAUGAGGAGGGCGCACAAAGACACACGAUGGGGGAGUGUAAGGGCAGUGCAGAUUGUGAGGCGUGUCAGAGCACCGUGAGUAUGGAGAGAGUCUGCUCUCUCAGCAGUCCAGACAGCACGCUCAGCACCAGCUCUUCAGCCUCAGCCCAGUCCAGCAAUUCACCUUGCAAGCACCCCAACAGCAUGUCGUACGAUGAUCAGGAGAGCGGUUGCGACACAGUGGACAGCUCGCCUGCCUCUCACACGUCUGGCCACAGCAGCAGUCCCUUCCCUGAGCGCCGCUACAUCGCUAACAGCAACCAGAACUGCGAGCCUCGCGUUGCGUGCGUAGCCCCGGAAACCGAGCCCAGCCGACCGACAGUUCGCACUGUGGUGGUGCCUCCGAUGCGCGUGCAAAACAACAACAACGCUUCGGUCAGAGAAACAUUUGGACAUGCAGAGUCUUCGUGCCAGGCCAAACGGCGGGGCAUUCCUGGGCGACAGCACCACCACUCCACCUCGCUCCUCAACAGGCCGCAGAAAAUCACCCCUGCAUUCCCGCCGCCGCAGCAGCAGCCUAUUGGAUUUGGGCAGGUGCAGCAUUUCACUCCCUGCCACCAGGAAUGGAACGGCAACUUUGCUCACCGGCGACCACAUGCCUACAUCCCUCCCACCAUGCACGGGCACACAUUCACGCUCUCCCACAGCAGCCCAAACCACACAACGGGCCCCCACCCCCACCCCCACCUUGGAGGGCACCCGCCCUCCCAGCCCACCUUACUGUCGUACCCGCCGUCUGGCCCCCUGGUCACGGCCGCCCCCGUGGCGCACCUCCUGGCCUCUCCUGGGGCCUCCCGGCCCGUCCUGCAGCCCACCUACAGCAUCUCCCACCCAGCAGGCAUCGUGCAUCAGGUGGCUGUGGGCAUCAACCCCCGCCUGCUCCCCUCCCCCACCUUGCACCCCCAGGGCCAGUUCAAACCCCUCUUUCCCCCGCACUCCUACAUUGCCUCGCCCGCUUAUGGCAGUUUCCCGCUCAGCCCUACCAAAAUAAACCAGUACCCUUACAUCUGAGCAUGGCUGCUCUGGUACCCUUCAUACCACCCGAGGGCUAAGCAGACAGGGCGAAGUCUAUCUUUAACCACAUAAAACAUGGCUUUCAUUUCCGAAAACCAUGGCACAACCACAGAGAGAAGCAAGCUAUUUUUUGAAUCAUGUACACCUGUGUGUAAUUGAACUUUAAGCUUUAAAAAUAAUAACAAAAAAAAGAAAGAGUUCCAAUGAUGGAGAUGAUUUGGCAAAAAUUACGGAGGAAAUAAUGUAUGAAUGACUGAAUGGAAGAAUGAAUGAAUAGUUAAACUCACACUUAAUGUGUUUUUGCACAUUUGAUAUAUCUUUGCAUUGGAUCUUCUACGAAUACUCCUCAAGACAGGUAAAUAAUUGGGGUGUUGUUGAAUAGUUAGACUUUGCACCCCUGAUCCCAGCUAUUUUUCUAUAAUGCCUUCUUACAUGUGCAAGACACAUACAUAUUUGUGAAGCCAUCCCAGUCUCUAGCUCUAGAUUGACAGAUGCACAUGUUGUCCACAGUGUACAUUGUACUGCGUUUGAAGUAUUUGUACCGUUUCGGUGUCUUUAGGUGUUAGCAAUGUCAAGUCAAUUAUCCGAUUUAAAUAGGGUUGUUCCUCACGCUGCAUGUGGUUUUGCAUGAGCAAAAAUGUAAACGGAAAGAUGCAUAGACGUUGCUCUUAUUGUUUGUGUCACAAGACUCGCUGCAUUGUAUAACUGUCCCCAGCCAUAGUGCCUUACAUAUUUGAGGUUGUUAAUGUUACUACUUAUAUAUGACUAUAUUCAUGAAUAUUAAUGUACUGGACUGCAGCACUUGAAAUUCCAAUCAGUCGAUGCAUCCUAUGUGUGAGUAUGUAUAUGCACAUGUGUAUAUGUUCAUGCAUAGCUUGCAUGGAUGUGAUAUAUCGCGGAUAGCGGUGCUUACGUUUUGGAGUCUGUGUAUAUUUCAGCGUGUAGUGAGUUACUUUUCUGUUCUCUCAAGAACAGCAUGCUUUGCUGUUGCAAAUGCCUGCUGUUUCCUUAAAUGUUUUCAUUUUUAUUUUAUCCGUUUUAUUUUUCAUUCUCUAAGUUCCCGAAUGAACUAGUGUACAAAGUGCAAGUACUGAAUAUUGCUUAAUAUUUGAUAAUCACUUUCUAUUUAGUGAACUCUUACUACUAACAGUAUUUGUACUGUUUGAAACUGCAAUACAAUCUAAAUAGCCGUCGAUUAUGUUUCUUUUUUUUCUUUUUUGUCUUUGUAUUUUCAUUUUUAAGUGUUUUCACUUUUUUUGUUUUGUUUUAGAUAUUUAGAAGUGUGGUGGGCAUGGCUUUGAUUAGGUAAGGAAAAAAUGCAAAUGAAUUCAUGGUAUGGAAUCUUCUAAGCCUGAGCAAACCAUGCAGUAUUCGAUAUACACACAUAUAUGGACAUAUAUUAUAGAGCUAGACUAUUAAGUACAGAUGCUUGAUACAGGUGUGAGUUAAUUGUGUGCAAUUCUCUCAUUUAUGCAUGUGUGACAAAGUUAACUUUUUUCCCUUUACAUUUUACCAUUUGUUAAAGGCUUAAUGCUUAUCGGUGUCAACAGCUUCUUUUAUACAUUCCGUCAGGGAGUAUAUGUAUGUGUGUGUGGUGUGUGUGUGUAUAUGUAUAUAUAUGUGUAUAUAUAUAUAUAUAUAUAUAUAUAUAUAUAUAUAUAUAUAUAUAUAUAUAUAUAUAUAUAUAUAUGCGUGUGUGUGAUGGUUGCACCAGUCUACAUAUAUGUAUAUAUGCAUAUAUAUGUAUGUGUAGAUAUGCUGUGUGUGUAUUUUCUCGGUUCCUUUUAUUAGUCGUGUGUAAUUUUUUUUUGGGUCAUUUUAUUUUCAAAUGAAGUUGCUUGUGCAGCACCAAAGACUGUAAUUCAUUUCUUUGAGCAAGGUAGCUAUUCUGUUCGCAUAGACCUCAGUUAUACUGUAGUUGUAGAGUGAGGUUAAAAUUAAAACAAAAAAAGUUAUAUUUAAAAAGAAAAACCAACAAAAAACAGCCAAUGUUUUGUCUAGCUUAUUGGGCAAUUAAUGAGUCGUAUCAUUUCUUUCUUGAAUGUAUCAUAGAUAAGCUGCUAUAUGAUGAUUGCCACUUCAAUAGCUGUGAAAUUAGGUGAUUUCUCUGAGUUUUAAACCUAGCAUUUUGUAUAGGUCCCUAAUUAUCUGAAAUAGAAGUGGUUUUGAUUUUUGUGUUUUGCGUUCAUAUUUGGAGUGUCACUGUAACUACUGUAUUGCUGAUGAUAAACAUUAGUUGCAUUUGUUGUUUCUCGGGGUGCGUGUUUUUGCAUCAGUAUUUUAUCCUUAUUAACCUUUCGGGCUCGUCACUGCAUAUAAAUGAUGUAUUGAUGUAACUUAAUUUUUUGUAUGUUUUCAUAUUGAUGUUUUGUACACAUCUGAAGCUGUAGCUUGCAGGAUUGAUUUAACUUUCUCAUUGUACCGUGUACUACCAGUACUCCUUUGUGAGUUACAGGAGCACUGUGAGAUGCCAGGAAGAAAAAAAGAAAUCCAUUUUGUCCCUCGGAAAGAUUCUGCAUUUCUCACACGUCACAUACAAACACACUUACCCACUAAGCACUUAAUGCAGGUAGUGAGGCUUGGAAGGUUUGGGUGAUUAGACUGUGCAACAUAAAUUUAGCCCAGUGUUUUUGUCUCAAAAGAUAUUUUACAAACAAUUUGAAGUAUUUAUUGCAACCUUUUUUAAUCUGUUCAAUGUUAUAUUUAAUUAGAAUAUCAGUUUCACGAUUGAUAUUCUGAACUGCCUUGAGUUCAGAUCGCUCUCCCCUUUAUGAGUGCCACAUCCGAGAGUGGGUUUUUUCGUCAGUACGAAGCGGUGGCCAGCGUUAUGUUCCUGUAUUGAAAUUGAGACAGUGCAAGCAGCACUGUGCAUGUGCCUUGAGAUUCAGUAAUCGAGAAUUCGUGAUGAUGACGCCUCACCCCUGAAGGUGGAAGGCAGAGAAUCCAGGUAACAGUCUUUGACCAUGUAAGCAGUCUCUUAAUGGCCACGAAAGAGAAAAGGAAAAAAUAAAAUAGGAGCUCAUGACAUCAUUCCAGAGAAUUUGACUCCUGAUCAGCCUCUCUGUGAUAACACACUGAUUCAAACAAAAAACACACACACACACAGACAUAGACUUUGAAUGAUAUGACACUCUACAAUAUUUGGAUAGUCACUCUGAUGCAAUACUCUAUAUUUUGCGGUCAUUGCACCACCAAGUGUUCUUAGAUCUCUCCAUGCUUUAUGUUACCUUGCAUGUACACACGGGUUGCUUCAACGUGGCCUCUGUUGUGUCGGUUAAGGCCACGUGGGAGUAACCGGAGCACAGUUGACAACACUGGCCUUU